AUUUCUAUAAAAUCGAUUAAUCGUAAUCGCUUCUGCGGCGAAAUUUCCGCCAUGGACGCCGUCCCCAUCUUCACCUGCUUAGCUCUGCUCCUUUUCUUCUUCCUCAUAGCCAAACUCUUAAUAGCCAACAAGAAGAAGAAGAAGCAGAAUCUCCCUCCGAGCCCUCCUGAUUCCCGUUUCAUCCUCGGCCACCUCCACCUCCUCAAGAAACCCCUCCACCAAUCCCUUGCCCGUAUCUCGGCGCGACACGGCCCGAUUCUCCUGCUCCGCUUCGGCAUCCGCCCCGUCCUCGUCGUCUCCUCCGCCUCCCUCGCCGACGAAUGUUUCACCACCAACGACCUCCCCUUCGCCAACCGCCCCAAAUUUCCCUCCACACGACUUUCCACCUACAACCACUCGGGCAUGGGAUCCGCCCCCUACGGCCCCCAGUGGCGCGAUAUGCGCCGCAUAGCCACCAUCGAAAUCCUUUCGGGUCACCGCCUCGCCUUCUUUUCCGAUGUUCGGGCCGCCGAGGUCCGAACCCUGACCCGGCGACUCUUUCAUGAUUGCACUGAUGAUAAGGAUUUCACCAGGGUGGAGCUCAGGUCGCGGCUUUUCGGUCUGGCCAUGAACGUGAUGAUGAAGAUGAUGGCCGGGAAGCGAUACUACGGUGAAGAGUCCGAUGACGGCGAGGCGCAGCGGUUCAGGGAGAUAGUGCAAGAGGGUUUCACCCUCGCCGGUGUUUCCAAUAUCGGAGACUUCCUUCCUUCAGUACUUGGGUGGUUUGCACGGCGCAGAGUGCAGAGUAGACUAGCUAAGAUUCACAGUUACAGGGACAAGUUCAUGCAGGCUCUUGUAGAGGAGCAUAGAAGGAAAAUAAAGAAGGAAGAAGAAGAAAAAGAAACAGAUCAGAGGAACCAUAAAACGAUGAUUGAUGCUCUCUUAUCGCUCCAACGAACCAAUCCCCAAUACGAUGAUCGUUUCAUCAAAUCUCUUGUUACGACAUUGCUAACAGCAGGAACAGAUACUUCAUCAAACACUAUUGAAUGGGCGAUGUCUCUCCUGCUAAACAAUCCCGAGAAACUCGGCAAGGUCAGAGAAGAGAUUGAUGAGAAAGUAGAGCAAGGUCGUCUGCUCAAUGAAUCAGAUCUCGAGAAGCUUCCAUAUCUCCACUGCGUCAUCAACGAGACGCUUCGACUGUAUCCUGUAGGUCCUCUUCUAGCACCGCAUGAGUCAUUAGAAGACUGCAAGGUGGGAGGCUACAAUAUACCGAGCAGAACGAUGCUUUUGGUGAAUGCUUAUGUGAUUCAGAGAGAUCCGACGAUAUGGCCGGAGCCGACGAAGUUUUUACCUGAGAGAUUUCUUGAGAAUAACAAAGUGGAAGGGGGGAAGAUGAUUCCAUUUGGGAUGGGAAGAAGAAGAUGUCCAGGUGAAGGACUUGCCAUGAGAGAGGUGGGCUUGGUUUUGGGUACUUUGCUUCAGUGUUUCGAAUGGAGAAGAAUUGGAACCGAAGAGGUGGAGAUGAAGGAAGGUUCGGGCCUCACAAUGCCGCGAGCAAAUCCUCUGGAAGCCCUGUGCAGGCCACGCGAAGCCAUGUUUUCUACUUUGGCUCAGCUUUAGAAUACUCAAAAGUUAGAACUUA